AGCAGUCAGACCUUUGCAACCCCGGUGAGACCAGCUGCUUGCGCUAUGUUUAUUCCUCACCAGUGCCUAUGUUUGAGUAUUAAUUGUGUAUGUUUGUGUGUGUUGGUGGUGGAGCUAAAUCCCGGAAGAUUUAGAUAAGGAGAAGAAGGUUUUAGCGGGGUACCUGUCACGUGUUCGAUGAUAUGCUCGAACUGGUGGCCAUCGUCGUUCUUGCUAAAAAUCAAGUCAGAUCAUGAGGUCCAAAUCCCAGUUUCUCCCAGGGAGUACUUCAAGGGUCCUUAUUACAUCUGCAGAUUCAAGAAUCAGGGUUGUUGAUGGCCUUAAUCUAGUUCACAAGUACAAAGGUUUCCGAAACACUAACAGCCAGAUUUCAGCCUGUUUAGCUGCUAAUGGGAGGUAUGUGAUCUCAGCAAGUGAGGAUUCCCAUGUGUACAUAUGGAGGAACGAUGGUAGCCUUGAAAAAGGCAGAAGCAAGGCGAAUGUUACUGUCACCAAUUCCUAUGAACAUUUCCACUGCCAGGAUGUGAUAGUUGCUGUUGCACCGCCAUCUAAUGGCUCAGCAGUGGUAUCCAGAUCAAACUCCAUGAAGCACAAUGAGCCGGAUUCUGUAUUGGAGCAUCCUCUGCUGCAUGCUUUUGAACAAUAG